UGUUUUGUCAAUAAAAGAAUCAACAUGAGAAGGUUUGAUCAAGUCUUUUAUGGAUUUUGCCAAAAAAUAUAAUUUACCAAUGGCUAAUGGUGUACUGAUGGGGCUCCACUGAUGGAAAAAAACAAAGGAAUUGUGGCACUUCUACAUGCACAUGAGAAGAGACCCAACCUAUAAUGAUUACAUUCUGCAUCAGGAGGUGCUCUGUGCUCAAACAUCUGCAGAAUAACUUAGUGAGGUAAUGUCACUGUUCAUUCAUGUUGUCAACUUUAUUGUUUUAAAUGAUCAACAGUAAAAGCACUGUUAAAUGGUAGGCCAUGAUUUUGGCCUGCUUUUGCACCUGUAGCUUCACUCCCUGUGGACAUCACUUGGCAUCUAAUCCAGUUAGAAAGACUGGGGAAUUCAGAAAUGCAUGCUUAGCAAUUAAAUCCACUCAACAUUUUUCUUGUCAGCAAUUAGGUGGCUUCACAUUUAAUCUCCUGUUAUCCUUCAAUCAUGUUUUUGAAAAGUCUGUGAAUGUACUGCUCUUUUCGCAUCUUACCUUCCUGGGGUCUCCACUGGAGACAAUUUAUUGGUUAGCCUAUGUGACAAUAAUAAUACUUAAUAAUAAUCCUGUUAUACCCUAAUAUAGCAUAAUAGUACAAAUGUAGGCCUGUUAUUUUUUUUAAAGACAUAUUAAAUUGUAUUAACUAUUAUAUGGCUCUCAAAGAAAAAAAAUCUACAAAUAUUUGGUAUUUAUUGCUCUCCAAACUAAAAAGGUUAACAACCCCCAAUGCACACCCCCAAAUAUUUGUUUAUACUUGUUUUCACUAGAACUCAUAAAGAAAGCCCUGGAUAGAAGUAGCUUUUGGAAAUAAAGCAGUAAUAAUAUUAACCUAUAUUAUUAAACUAUACAGCCCAUUUUUAUGCAUAAAUAGAUUAGGCCUUUAGUGAAUGCGCCUGAAAAAAACUCCAAGAGACGCCGUGAUGACAUCACUGAAAAAAAAUGUCUGACGCUGCGCCCUCUGGUGACGUCACAGCGGUAGGUUUCUGACGGCACGCUGCGGGAUUACUGGGCACGUCAUCUCAAUCCCGCGGGUAGACAUGCUCGGAAUAAAGAAUACCUUGUACUCAGGACUCUAUUUGGAUACGUCCACGACGCUGAAUUCCCGGCUUUUAACGUUCAUCGCUUAAGGGGACGUCCGGACAGAGUAGGAAAAGUCACGCUGUUAUUGUAAAAGAGACUCGAGGAACAGCGAAGACCAAGUCCGCCUACUGAAACCACUCAGAACACAGAUGAAGAUGGAUUAUAAAUGAAGAACACGGGCGUUAUCAAGCGAAACUGACACGUGCAAAUUGCCGUCGUCUGUUUAAAGCAGGUGUGCCCUGGCCAUGAAAUGACUGCAGCAACUGCACUGACAUUCAGUACGCACUGGCAUGGAUGGGACUAAGGCAGCUGUUUUAGUGAUGAAGAACACCAUUCUCAGGGAAGUGGAAGCAGUGAACAGAGUCUGUCUACAGAAGGGUGAUUCAUCUCCCUGUCGUAGCCACACCUCCUCAAAGGUAGAUCUAGAGGAGGAGAGCCUGGAGUUAGUUCUGUCAGAGCUGGGGACAGGAUCUGAACUGGAGGUGGGUGUUGAUUUAAAUACGGAGGUGAAACUGGGUGUGGCGCCAUGCUUGGACACACAGAUGGAGCUGGAAGAGAGAAGGAGUUUGGGGAGGAGCUCUCAAGAAGAACCUGCAGACAAGGAUGAUCAGGAGAACAGCAGAAGUAGCACAAGUGACUCCCAUGGCCCUGCUCCCACUAACUGUUCAACAGAUGUCUCUCAGACACCUACCCAGUUGCUGUCAGAGCAGCUCUUGUUGGGCCGGGAUGAGACGUCAGGGCUGAAUGUGGAGUGUCGGAUUUGCGGUGACCGAGCGUCUGGCUUCCACUAUGGAGUACAUGCAUGUGAGGGCUGCAAGGGCUUUUUCCGGCGGACAGUGCGUAUGAAACUGGAAUAUGAGAAAUGUGAGCGCAGCUGCAAGAUCCAGAAGAAGAGCCGCAAUAAGUGUCAGUACUGCCGCUUCCAGAAGUGUUUGAUACUGGGAAUGUCUCAUGACGCAAUCCGUUAUGGGCGUAUGCCAGAAGCAGAAAAACGGAAGCUGGUAGCCGGGCUGUUGGUGGAUGAGACGGGCUCCCAGAAUCCAGAUGGCUCCAACCUCAAAUCGCUUGCAAAGCGUGUUAAUAAUGCCUACUUAAAGAACAUCAACAUGACCAAGAAAAAAGCCCGAAGUAUCUUAACUGGAAGGACUAGCUCUAGCCCGCCGUUUGUGAUCCAUGACAUGGAUUCACUGUGGCAGGCAGAGAAUGGCCUGGUGUGGAACCAGCUAGUGAAUGGAACUCCACCCCAUAAGGAGAUUGGUGUACAUGUGUUUUAUCGAUGUCAGUGCACUACAGUAGAGACUGUUCGGGAGCUCACUGAAUUCUCCAAAUGCAUCCCGGGAUUUGUAGACCUUUACCUAAAUGAUCAGGUGACUCUGUUAAAAUAUGGGGUGCAUGAGGCAAUCUUUGCCAUGCUGCCAUCUCUGAUGAACAAGGACGGCCUGCUGGUAGCGAAUGGGCAGGGCUUUGUGACGCGGGAGUUCCUGCGAAGUCUGCGAAAGCCCUUUAGUGAGAUCAUGGAGCCCAAGUUUGAGUUCGCUGUGAAGUUCAAUGCCCUGGAGCUUGAUGACAGCGACCUUGCACUUUUUGUGGCUGCAGUGAUCUUGUGUGGGGACCGGCCUGGCUUGAUGAAUAUGAAGCAAGUGGAGGACAUUCAAGACAGCAUCCUACAGGCACUAAAAGAGCACCUACAGGCCACCCACCCCGAUGCUACCUACAUCUUCCCCAAGCUGCUGCAGAAGAUGGCUGACCUGCGGCAGCUGGUCACGGAGAAUGUUCAGCUCGUGCAGAAGAUCAAGAAGACAGAAUCAGAAACCUCCCUUCACCCCCUGCUACAGGAAAUUUACAGAGACAUGUACUAAACAUGCAUUUCUCUCUCUCUCUCUCUCUCUCUCUCUCUCUCUCUCUCUCUCUCUCUCUCUCUC